AUGUCUUCUAAUGAUCAUGCUGUUGGAGAGAAUAUCGAGAAAACUUACGAGCCGCACCCCGACCCCCAAGCUCUGACGGGACACCGGGACCAGUCCAAGAACUCCAAAACAGGAGUGGACUAUGAGCCGCAUCCGGAGCGCUCCGUAUACGUCUCGCCCGAGAAGGAGAACAUAGUCAAGCGGAUUUGCAGCCUCUAUAGCGGCAGCGCGAGCAAGGACGACAUAAUGCCGGGCAGUGGCAUCCCCAAGAUUUUCAAGUCCGAGAGCCUGAAAACAGAAAUCCUAAGCCCCUCGGACACAGACCUAGGCCAGAUCGUGUUCAAGCUUCAACAGAGAUACACAGCCAGGGCUGUGAACCUGUCGAACGUCGUCAACUCACUGGUCAGCCUGUCGCUGGACCAGCAAGGGAAGGUCAAGUACCACAAGGACAUGUGGAACGAGAAGGACCAUUCUCACGAAGACAUCGGGAAGUUUUUCAACUGA